GUGCAUUAAAAUUUUUUUAUUUGAUUCAAGAUGUUUUAGACAACAUCAGUCACUAUAAUUUGAGAUAUAUUUAUAUACAGUUAAUACUGUUAAUUACUGAAGUAUAUAUAAAGCAGAAAUUCAUUUUGCUGCAUCAUGGAAAGAAGAAGAGUUAAUUUUACAGAAGAUGUGAAGCCUUUAAAAACUGAUUUACUUUGUUGCCAAGUUAAAAAUAAUCAUGGAGAAGUCAACUUAGGAAUUUUAUCCCUUAAUCACUCAUACAUGUCUGAUAUAGAUUUACAAUUUCAGUCAGAAGGCAGUAUUUCUGUGGUGUUGGCAAAUAAAAGUACUUUAAAAGUCGUAUCAUUUAACCCGAAAGUUGAAGAUAGUGGAUACCAUCUUAUAGUCCAGAUAGACUGUUUGGUUUUGGGAAAGCAAUGCGAAACUUUAACAUUUAACACGUCAAAAAAAAGUUCAACUCUUUCAAUCAAAUAUCAGGUGAUGAAAGCUGAUGAUGGAAAACCUUUGCUAAAGAAUGGUGUAAAAUUGUUAAAAAUAAUUAAAGAUGAUGAUGAUGAUGAAGAUAAAAUAGACUACGAAUGACUUUUAUUUUUACUUAUUUUAAACAUUGAAAAAUUCCAAUAAAGUAUAAUUGUUGUUUAAAAAUGUAAAACAACAUGUGUAUAUAAGCAAUUUUUUUGUGCAUGUAUAUGAUGGUUUUUUUGUUUUGUUCUUUUGAAAACAUGCUUUCAUAAAUAGUAUUGUUUUUUUAUGUUAUGUUGUCACAAUAUUUUGUCAAAAUGAAAUACAUUUAAUAUCCAUUAUAA